AUGCCCAGGAGGGCAGAGAGCUACGAGGAGAGGAGCGAGCGGCGGCAGGAGGCGCGGGAGCGGCUGCGGGGCAGGGUCAAUGCCACCUGCUGCAGGGUCAAUGCCACCCGCUGCAGGGCCACCGUCCCCCCGGGCCGGGCCACGGCCACCAGCCCCCGGCAGGCCGAGUUCCUCCGCAGGAGAAACCUGGGCCCCGAGGCCGGGCAGGCCCUGCCGGGACAGGGACGGACGCGCUCGCCGAAGGGGGACAGCCACAGCCACAGGACACAGACCCUGCCCGGCUCGGCACUGACGGACUCCAGCCAGCAGACAGACUGGGGAAUAGCAGUUUUAAACAAGGAAAUGGUGCAGCUCUCCAACUACCUGAAGGAGGCCCUGCACCGCGAGCUGCUGCUCAAGCAGAAGAUGGUCAUUUUACAGGAGCUCCUGUCCACCCUGCUGCAGGCUUCAGAGAAAUCCUGGCAGGGCCAGCUGAACGAGGACAAACUGAGGUGUAAACUGCGGGUGCUGGAAAAUCAGCUGCAGGCCUGCAGCCAGAGUUACUCAAAGGAGUGCGUGAAGAAGAUCCUGAUCGAGAUGGAGGACCAGAAGCAGACCUAUGAGCAGAAGGCAAAAGAGGCUCUUCAGAAGAUGCUGGAGGAAAAACUCCUGACAGAGCAGCAGCUGCAGAACUCUCAGAGAAGCCUGGCAGAGAUGCGAGAGGACCUCGCCCUGUGGAAGGAGCACAACGCCACACUCAGAGCCGAGCUGACCAAGGAGACCACAGCACACACCGAGCUCCGAAACAGCUUCCAGGCUCUGCAGAGCGAGCUGCAGCGGGCGGACGCGCAGAGCCAGCGGCAGAGCCGGGAGCUGCGGGCGCUGCGGGACGAGCGCACGGAGCUGCUGCAGACAGCCGGCGCCCUGCGCAGCGACAACGACCGCCAGGCCGCCCUCAUCCGCCGCAUCCAAGAUAAAUUGCAAAAAGAACAAGAGCAGAAAGUGACACUGGAGGCAACAAUCAGCCAUUUGCAGAACGUGAUCCACAACCAGAACAACCAACAGAAGAGCCAGGAGGUGACGGUGCAAAGGACAGACCAGGUUUCCACCACACAGACCCCACCUCCCACUCCUGCCAAGGAGAAACAAAACGCUCUGUCAGAGCAGCCCGAGGAGGAGGAGGAGGAAACAGAAAGUGUGAAGGAUGAGAUGCAGAAAAGGACACCCCAGCUCACAGCAAAGGAGAACGAGGUACCCGAGGAUGCUCAGCAGAGCCGUGCCCAGCUGCGGGUGAGGCGCUGCAGCCACUGCAGCAGCCCAGCAGCCCUGGGGGCACACAGAGCCCAGGGGACCCCUCCUGCUGACAGCCCCUCGCUGUGCCUGCAGUGCUCGGAGCUGCGCUCGGAGCUGGAGGCGCUGAGCCAGGAGUACCAGUGGUGCCUGACCCGGCUGCGGCAGUGCCGCGACGAGCUGAACCGCUCCCAGGGCAGCCAGGCUCAGAGACAGCGCAGCCCCUGGAUCCCUCUCCUGGUGGCAGUGGCAGCAGUGGCCAUCGCCGCCUUCCUGGCGACGUACAGCCUGUGA